ACUACCUGAUGACUUCAAUAACGAGCAACGUGAUAGGUGUCUUUGACUUGGGUGACAGUAUCAUUUGGUUUUGGUUCAUGAGCGGCCGGCAGUACCACGCAGUUGAACUAUCUCUGUGGUAGUUCAUUUUGCGCUGGUUAUUCAGUGCAACUUUGGAUUUUGAUCAAGCUGUUGGGAGCAAAAAGCAUGUCAGCUUACCAAUGACAGCCAUGUUGUCUACGUAUUUGGCCCUUGCAACCUUUCUGGUUUCCGUUUACGUUCACCUAGGUAACGCGGACGGCGAGGUUAGGUCGUGUAAUUAUUACGGGCGUCCACCCAAGCCUGUACCAGGGGAGCGCUGGAUGAAGACGGCACUGCGAGAGGCGUACCAUCGAUGCAAUCAGCAGAAUUACGCUGGCCCUACAGGUUGCUGCAAUGGGAAGCCACUCGGUAUGAAGGAUGGCUCCAUCCCAGACAGUAGCAUCACGGAAUUGAGGCAUCACCACAUUUGGGUGACAGCUUUCGCGCGACUAGAUGAUAGCAGAUGCUGGGGGUUUCAUCUGUACAAUGGGUACAGCUGGAUACAGGUCGACCUCGGUGCCAUGUACAGUGUUUCCGGUCUGAUCACUAGAGGUCAUCCGGGGCUCUACUGGGUGCUUGAAUAUCAAGUCUCAUACAGCUUCGAUGGGGAUAAUUGGCGUAAUGUGACCGAGGCAAGUGGGACAACCAAGACAUCGCCUGAACAAAUGGAAGCCCCUAAGAAGUUCGCAGGAAACAUCGACGGGAGCUCCCAUGUAACCACCAAUUUCCCGAUAGCCGUGCGCACCCGAUUCCUGCGAAUUGAACCCACACGGUGCAACAGUUUCUGCUGCCUUCAGUUUGAGGUGUUGGGCUGCUCUGAUAUAUAAAAAAAGAAAA